UGACGUAGAGCGCAGUUACUCAUUGGAUGUGGUUUAGUAAACAAGCGUGAGCCCUCGCGAGAGCUGUUAUAUUGCCAAAUACCAGACCAUUGCAUUUUUGUUCAGAAGUGUAGAGCUUCCAUCUUUUAGCAUAAUGUCAGCCCCAGAUGAAGGCGCCAAUCCAGAACUGAAAGGUGGACACGCACCUGCAGUGAAAGUAGGUGGAAUGCGGGUAGUUCAGCACAAGAAGGAAGGUGAAAAGCAAGAGCCGACACAAAUGACUGCUGAAGAGGAAGCGGAGUUUGGUGCUAGUCCUCCUAAGACGGACAAGCACCACCAGUCAAUGCUUGUGUCAGGGGCUGUGACCAAGGGAGACAAGGACUUCACUACUCAGGCUGUGAAGAGCAUCCACGAGAAGCCAGUUCCAACUCAUGACCCCAAGCCGCGCCCAAACCAGAACACCCACCAGAUUCAUCAGCCGAGAUAGAGAGCUUCCUCCAUAAUUCCGUACUGGGCGUGACUCGGCUCUACGACAAUGCUGACUUGAGAUGUAUGGGAAUGAAGAAAUCAUAUGAGAAACGAUUAUGUUUGUAUGGUGAUUUGGAAAUACUGUUGUCUUUAGAACCAUUUAUUGCUGAGGAUGGAUCAGUUCCAAGUAAAUUUUGAAAUAUAUGCUUAUGGCAGACCAGUGGUUUUGUAUUGGUUAUAAAGCAGCUUUUGGAAGCAUGAUCAGUAGAGGACAACAGUUUGAAAAGCUUUCUUAUCAAGUCAAAAAUAUUGUCUAUACGAGCUGCAUAGGAAAUGAUAUUUGACAAGUAGAAGUUCAAGGUUGAAAUUUUAAAUGCUGAAGGAAUCAAGUGCUUAGUCAUCACUGAAGAGCUUAACUUCAGUACUUUGAUGGUGAUGGGAACUUUUUCAUAACAUAACAUGUUGGUUGUUUCAUCAAAUCAUAUCACAAAAGUUUCUGCUUCUGGAAGGAAUUUCAAAUUAUUUCAUGUUUUGACUUUAACUGUAGAACCUGACUAACUAGAACACCUUUUGUUAUGACAAAUGUGACGAGGAUUAGAUUUUUUCCCAAAAGUUGGCACAUUACCUGUACCUGCACUUCCUCCAUUUUUGAGUGCCUUUCAAUUUUGUACUUCAUGGGCAUCAGAUUUGUUAAAGUUACUCAUGGUUGAAGAAAGUCAUUUGGAAUAUAUCUAUGUACUCAUUUGUUGCACCUAUAGAAGUUUGUGUUCAAAUAAAUCCUUACUAAUUGAUCAUGAGAUCCAGUAUUUCCUCAUUUUAAAAAAAUGUUAAAUGUGGGUGUGUGUCACUGCUUUGAUAAAGGAGAGAUAUGCCAUGUUGUACUGUAGCAGGAUAAUAAAGAGAAAUAGUUUUGUUUGUUCUCUACAUUUUGAAAAUAGCAAUUGAACUUACAGGGAUUCAGCCUUUUUUUUGGGUAUAGGACCACUAUAGAAGUUUAUGAUGAGACUACGGGUAUCUUUUAGAAGUAUGGUGGUACUCUUUAGUCAAACUUUUUGUCCGAGUGAUCUUCAUCCACUUACGGUGCAUGGUUUUAAAAGUUUUUCGGAACUCCCACCAAUGUAAGAAACAUUUUAACUUGACAAGAUCUACAAGAAGAAUUACUGGCUUUAUUUUUUUCUGUCUUUCUGUUGCUACUACUGCCAGCAGGAUAUUAAUAUUGGUUACCAUUUUUGUGUCUGUGCCUGAACUAGUCCUGUGUUUAUUGUGUCAUGACUUUAGCUAUGCCAAAAUUAUGUUGCUGCUACAUUGAACAGUGUAAUUUACAGUGAAUAGCGCCAUUAGGGUGAUAUUUUAUGGUUUGAUCUUAUUCAUUCAUUUUAUUUCCCAGCUGCGUCGUUGAAUGUGCUUUUUCAGUGAGACAAAAAUGAAAAUGUUGUUUGGAAUUUUUAUAAGUUUGUGGAAGACAGUGAAAGAAAUAGUCUUUUACAGAAAGGUUAAUGUUUUUUAGAUUUUACGUUAUUUUGUUUGUUGUUUGUGUAGCAUUCCUCUUCGCAUGUGUCAUUUUAGCCUCAUUUUCUUUUGAUGAGCAUUGUAGGCCUACUCAGCAAUUCACUGCAGUGGUAGUGACAGAUUUUGUGCAUUUAUUUGCUUUGUGAUUUAUUUUAUGUUGUUUCACUUUUCCUAUUUUGACAACACUAGCCAAUUUUAGGCAUUUCAAUGUCUCAUAUUUCCAAACAACCCUCUUUUACGCAAAGCAUUCUCUUCUGCCCUUUGGAUUCUUUAUUGCGUUUGAUCUUUUGUAAGAGACCAUUUAGAGGCUUUACCAAAAUUUACUCUUCUCUAAAUGAGAAUAUAUUAUGUAACUAUGGAAAAUUCUCGUGAAUUAUUUUUCUGCAAUACACUCAUGGAAAUAACUGAA